CGUGACAUUUGAACGUGGGGUCUUGCACACGCCAUACAUCCAUUCCUUUGGAUUUGAAAGCUAGAAAGGUCUUGCACAAACUAGAUGAUCGUAUGCUCCUAAACACGCUGAAAGGAAGAUACUAGAAUGGCCAUGAACAUUCUGGAGAGCGGAUUUCUUUAUAAUAAUAUCACCGCUUUCCUCCCGCACUCUUCAAUUAGCGAAGUUCACACUAAAAAUUGUUCACCAAGCUAUUUUCAGAGUUGUUCUAUACUUGCACUUGGGUUUUCGUGAUUGCUUUUGAGUUUUUGAGGGAAGACAAUUAUGGCCGGAAAAGGUGAAGGACCAGCAAUCGGAAUCGAUCUGGGAACCACGUACUCCUGCGUCGGAGUGUGGCAGCACGAUCGCGUGGAGAUCAUAGCAAAUGAUCAGGGAAACCGAACGACUCCGUCUUACGUCGCAUUCACGGAUACCGAACGUCUCAUCGGCGAUGCCGCGAAGAAUCAAGUCGCCAUGAACCCUAUUAACACCGUCUUCGAUGCUAAGCGCUUGAUUGGGAGGAGAUUCAAUGAUCCUUCAGUACAGAGUGACAUGAAGUUAUGGCCGUUUAAGGUGAUUCCUGGUUCCUGUGACAAGCCAAUGAUAGUAGUGACAUACAAGGGUGAGGAGAAGCAAUUUUCUGCGGAGGAAAUUUCUUCUAUGGUUUUAACAAAGAUGAAGGAGAUUGCAGAGGCUUAUCUUGGAAGUACAAUCAAGAAUGCAGUGGUCACUGUGCCUGCUUACUUCAAUGACUCGCAACGCCAGGCAACUAAGGACGCUGGAGUUAUCUCUGGCCUCAAUGUUAUGCGAAUCAUCAAUGAACCCACCGCAGCUGCAAUUGCAUAUGGUCUGGACAAGAAAUCAACCAGCUCGAGUGAGAAAAACGUGCUGAUCUUUGACCUGGGUGGUGGUACUUUUGAUGUUUCACUGCUAACAAUUGAGGAGGGUAUCUUUGAGGUGAAGUCGACUGCAGGUGACACCCAUUUGGGAGGUGAGGAUUUCGAUAACAGAAUGGUGAACCACUUUGUUCAGGAAUUCAAGAGGAAACACAAGAAGGAUAUCAGUGGGAACCCCAGGGCAUUGAGGAGGCUGAGGACAUCUUGCGAGAGGGCAAAGAGGACUCUGUCCUCCACUGCUCAGACCACCAUCGAAAUUGAUUCAUUGUUUGAGGGCAUUGAUUUCUACACGACCAUUACGAGGGCUAGGUUCGAGGAGCUUAACAUGGAUCUGUUCAGGAAGUGUAUGGAACCAGUUGAAAAAUGCUUGAGAGACGCGAAGAUGGACAAGAGCAGUGUCCAUGAUGUUGUCCUUGUAGGUGGGUCCACUAGGAUCCCCAAGGUUCAACAAUUGCUACAGGAUUUCUUCAAUGGCAAAGAGCUCUGCAAGAGCAUCAACCCGGAUGAAGCGGUUGCAUAUGGAGCUGCUGUCCAGGCUGCUAUUCUGAGCGGAGAAGGCAACCAGAAGGUUCAAGACCUGUUGCUGUUGGAUGUCACUCCCCUCUCCCUUGGUCUGGAGACAGCUGGCGGUGUUAUGACAGUUUUGAUCCCGAGGAACACAACCAUCCCCACAAAGAAAGAGCAGAUCUUCUCCACGUACUCAGAUAACCAGCCGGGUGUUCUGAUCCAAGUCUACGAAGGAGAAAGGGCCAGGACAAAGGACAACAACCUGUUAGGCAAAUUCGAGCUUUCUGGUAUUCCGCCAGCCCCCAGAGGUGUCCCGCAGAUCACUGUCUGUUUUGACAUUGAUGCCAAUGGCAUUCUAAAUGUCUCAGCUGAAGACAAGACGACAGGCCAGAAGAACAAGAUCACAAUUACCAAUGAUAAGGGAAGGCUUUCCAAGGAGGAGAUUGAGAGAAUGGUGCAGGAAGCUGAGAAGUACAAGUCUGAAGACGAGGACCACAAGAAGAAGGUGGACGCUAAGAACGCCUUGGAGAACUACGCGUACAACAUGAGGAACACCUUGAAGGAUGAUAAGAUCGGCCCCAAGCUUCCACCGGCUGAGAAGAAAAAGCUUGAGGAUGCAAUCGAGGGAGCCAUUCGUUGGCUUGACUCCAACCAACUUGCAGAGGUGGAGGAGUUUGAAGAUAAGAUGAAGGAGUUGGAGGCCUUGUGCAAUCCGAUAAUAGCGAAGAUAUACCAGGACGGUGGAGGCGUGGGUGGUGGUGCACCAGUGGGUGAUUACGAUGCUCCUCCUGCAAGUGGUGCUGGACCUAAGAUCGAAGAAGUCGACUAAUCAAACUGUUAGCUGCAGACUGCAGUAGUUUGUUUCCUUGUUGGUUUUGUUUGCUGUUAAAUCUGAAUGAAUCUUGGAUCACAUUCUUCACUUUUUCUUUAAAGCGAACUGUUAAAAUCUGGUCUCAGUUCGCCUCGUUAUGAACGUAGUACUCCGUAAUAGUUCUUCACUUCACUGUUUCUUUUGCUCCUUUUGUUUACUGCUGCGUAUCACAAGAAUAACUACUUAAUUCAAUGAAUGCCUCAUCCAG